GUUCUCGCCGGUCCUGGGAUUCGUGCAGGCGCGUAUGCCCUUCUUUCCAUGGGCCUCGCGGGAGGUGAUUUCAGAAGAAACCCGUUUCCGACCAACUAGAAAAGGAGGGCGGGACAAGCACCAAACACUUGCCUGUGAUUGGCUCCACACUCAACCUUUUCCAGUGCCUUCCUGCACUUCCGGGGAGGGGUUUGUUGGUGAUCUUAAUAACAUCCGCUUGGCGGCUGGCACUAGCCAUGUGGCAUAAACCUUUUUUUUCUGUCCUUCCGGAGUAAGAGGAAAAAGCGGUUCCUGCUCGUAUUUGCAAAGGUGUGAAGGCUUUGAGAGUGAUAGGGAGCCACUGCAGCUAACUGAAGAAGGAGAUGACUUAGACCAGAGAUUUAGGAAACCCACCUUGGCAUCUGAAUGGAGAAUGACUUGGAGUGAGGAGAGACCUGAGGUGGAGAGACCAGUUAGAAGGAGAUACACCUUCCUGAUUUGACUGUGCAACCAGUAGUAGAAGAAUUUGUGGAAGCAAGCGCAUGUGGGAGAGGUUCCAGACUACAGAACUUGCUGGAUAGAAUUCUACUUUUCGGUUCACAACAAGAAUAGCAGUAUUUUGGAUCUGUGGUCACAUCACUUUUGCUUGAAGGAAAGUCUUUUUCCAUUAAAAUCAUGAUGGCAAUGGAAGAGCAGCAGCAGCCACAGAAGAAUAAUUUUUACUUGGGAUUACCCAAAGUGGAACUUCAUGCCCACUUGAAUGGCUCCAUUAGUUCUGCUACUAUGAAGAAGCUAAUAGCCAAAAAGCCAGACCUUAAAAUCCAUGAUCAGAUGACCGUGAUUGAUAAAGGAAAGAAAAGAACUUUAAAAGAAUGUUUCCAGAUGUUUCAGCUCAUUCAUCAGAUUACCACUAGCCCUGAAGACAUAUUAAUGGUCACAAAAGAUGUUAUUAAAGAAUUUGCUGAUGAUGGUGUCAAGUACCUAGAACUGAGGAGUACACCUAGAGAAGAAAAUGCAACAGGUAUGACUAAAAAGUCUUAUGUGGAAGCUGUUCUAGAAGGCAUAAAACAGUGUAAACAAGAAAAUUUGGAUAUUGAGGUGAGAUAUUUAAUAGCAAUAGACAGAAGAGGUGGACCUUCAGUAGCAAAAGAGACUGUUAAACUUGCCAAAGAAUUCAUCCUUUCAUCUGAAGAUACUGUCCUUGGUCUUGACUUGAGCGGAGACCCCUUUGCAGGACAUGGGAAAGACUUUUUGGAACCUCUUUUGGAAGCAAAAAAAGCAGGUCUGAAACUGGCAUUGCAUCUUUCAGAGAUUCCAAACCAAGAAAAAGAGACCCAAGUUCUCCUGGGGCUGCUUCCUGACAGAAUUGGCCACGGGACAUUUCUCAAUUCGUGUGUAGGAGGGUCACUGGAUCUGGUAGAGUUUGUUAGAGAGCACCGUAUACCACUAGAACUGUGUUUAACUUCAAACAUCAAAAGUCAGACAGUACCUUCUUAUGAUCAGCAUCACUUUGGAUUCUGGUAUGGCAUAGCCCACCCUUCUGUAAUUUGUACUGAUGACAAAGGUGUUUUUGCAACACACCUUUCUCAAGAGUACCAGCUAGCUGCUGAGACAUUCGGUUUGACCCAGACACAGAUGUGGGACCUCUCCUAUGAAUCCAUCAAUUAUACUUUUGCUUCCAGCAGCACCAAAUCUGAAUUAAGGAAGAAAUGGAAUAAUUUGAAACCAAAAUUGUUACAUUAAGUUUUGAAAUGGGAGAGAUGACUCUCUGGGAAGUCACAUCAUGGUCCUUGGCCUCCUUCCAUUUGGAAUCACUCUGCAAUCCUUCUGCCACCUUGCUUUGAAUCAGUGAUUAGGAAAUCCUCAGAGAGUCUAAAUCAGGGAUCCUUAACCAGCAGGUGACAGCCCCCUGGAAGCUGCAGAAGCCUUACCUGGCUGAUCUCUGGUUUGUCUGUGGCUAAUACUCACCCUCCUCCCCAACUCCCUCCAAGGGAACUAGAUUAAUCAGUAACUCGUACCACAAGCUAUAUUCUCCAUUGCCUACCCAGCAAUCAUAAGGCUUUAGAGAAAUCAUCCUUUUUCCUCUCAUUCAUUCCUCAAAUAUCCCAGGAGCAUUAACAGCUGAUGAUGACAUGGAUCUUUCCUAAAGACUCUGUAAACAGAAGCAGCAAUCUCUCAUAGAAAUAUUUAUUGCCCACUUAGACUGCUGUAAGACUCAUCAGCAGUUCUCCAUUUCCUUCCCGAGCCUGAAUAGAUCCCUGCAAUAACAGCAUCACUGCCUAGGAUCCUCCAAUUCCACCAUCUUCUAAGCCCCCACACAACAAGUAUAUGCAUAGCUACUUCAAUAGAUGGGACUAAACUAAUAAAACUACUAAACUGGAGGAAGAAGUAACCAAGUAGGAUAGGAUCAGGGCAUAUUUGUUUUGCUCUCUAGAAAUCCCACUAUAACUUGGCAUAUGAAAGUGUGCCCCGUUAGUUCCAAAGGAGCUACCAGAUCCUACCUAAACAUCAGCCAUGCGCUACCCUUCUUUUUCUAGUAUCUCAUCCCUUUCAGAUUUUAUUUAUGAUAGCUGUUGUUAUUCCCUAUUUUCUAGAGCCUCACUAGUAGCAUGCAUAAGUCAUGACUAAUGAGGAAAGGUCGGGGGCAUAGGGUGGUUCUGGGUGCAACUGUUUCAUCAGGCCCAUUGCUUCAUUUUUAUCCUGCCUGCAUCAGAGUUGCUGACUUUACAUCUGUGUACAAAGCCAUGACCAGAUUGGGCUGUAAUUCUUUAAGGAUUAUGCUUCCUUAUUGUCAUGAUGAGCUGUUCAUUUUCUCUUAAGUUUACAAGUCUAACCUCAGGAAAUUUUUCUUUGAGAGCUGAGAAAUAGACAUGAAGCCAAAAAAACCCCAGACUGUCUGAAAAGCAGCUCAGGUGUAACUUAGCAGUACAGAUAGGGUUUUGAAUACUUAUAUGUUGGUUUUCCUAAUGGUGUGUUCGCCAAAAUGAUCGGUGAAUAAAUUGAACCUUAUUUAAAA